AUACUAAAGGCAGUUCGCAUGCGCGACUGGAAGCCGAAUCUGGCAUCACAGGUAAGAAUGCGGUGUAGCAAAAGUUACUUCCAGUUACUUCUCAACAUGGCUUCGUACGUGCGGUUGGGAUUAUUAUUAUUAUUGGUCUGUUCUUCCUUUCUUGUGAAUGCAGUUAAUAGAGACACAUUUAAAACAUGCGAUCAAAGCAGUUUUUGCAGGCGUUGCAGAAAAGUUGAACCAGGGAAAUCACCGUAUCAACUUCUGGUAGAUACGUUUACUCACAACGAAUCAACUAUAAAUAUAGACUUAUUUAAUAAGGACACAGGGGUUCUUUAUAUAUUGCAAUUGACUGCAUUGAAGAACAAUACAUUUAGGCUUCAUAUCAAUGAAAAAAAUCCGUUACAUCCCAGAUACGAACCUACAGAAGCCCUUCAGGAUCAACCUCAAAUAUCAGAAUUAACUUUGGUCGAAAGAACUAGCGAUCAUAUAACUGUAAAAAAUGGAGAAAACAAAGUCAUCUUAUACCCUACUCCGUUUAAAGUAGAUUUAUAUUCCGAAGAUGCGUUAGUUGUGUCUGCGAAUGCGAGAGGCCUAAUGAGAUUCGAACACCAUCGCGUAAAACCUAAGAAACCGGAAGAGGAAAAUGCAGAAAACGUGGACGCAACGCACAAUAGUCAGUUUCCAGGCGAUGGAGCAGAGAACGAUCCGGGCGCGUGGGAUGAGAAUUUCAAAACCCAUCACGACUCGAAACCUUUGGGGCCAGAAGCGGUAGCUCUGGAUUUCAGCUUCCCUGGAGCAGACCAUGCGUACGGUAUACCAGAGCACGCCGAUUCCUUUGCUUUGAAAUCAACAAAACAAAUCGACCCGUACAGGCUAUACAAUUUAGAUGUAUUCGAAUACGAAAUGAACGAGAGAAUGUCCAUCUACGGAGCUAUACCUGUCCUCUAUGCUCAUGGCAAAGACAGAACAACCGGCAUUUUUUGGCAUAACGUAGCAGAAACAUGGAUCGACAUUUUAUCGAGUGCAGACAAUAACGUUGUCGAGAACAUUGUAAACCUCGUAUCCGGUUCCGCUAAAAAGUCACAAGUUGACGCCCACUUCAUGUCAGAAUCUGGCGUGAUCGAUGUAUUCUUCAUGCUAGGCCCUAAGCCUUUAGAUGUAUUUAAACAAUACACCGUCUUAACGGGUACAGCACCUCUGCCGCAAAUGUUUAGUUUAGGCUAUCAUCAAAGUCGUUGGAAUUAUAACGACCAAGACGAUGUCAUGCAAAUAGCGGAAAGUUUCGAUGUACACGAUAUGCCUAUGGAUGUUAUGUGGCUGGAUAUUGAGUACACAGAUCAGAAGAAGUAUUUUACCUGGGACCCGCGUAAAUUUUCGAAUCCCAUCGAAAUGUUACAUAACUUAACCGCGAAAGGUAGAAAAUUGGUUGUUAUCAUCGAUCCACAUAUCAAACGUGAUACAAAUUAUUUCAUCCACAACGAUGCUACCAAUAUGGGUUACUAUGUAAAAACAAGAGACGGAAAGGACUACGAAGGUUGGUGUUGGCCAGGACCGACGUCGUACUUGGACUUCUUUAAUCCAAAACUACGGGAAUAUUUUAUCAGCCAGUAUAGCUUAGAUAAAUUUCCUAGUACAAACGAUCUGUACAUCUGGAACGACAUGAACGAACCGAGCGUAUUUAACGGCCCUGAAGUUACCAUGCCUAAGGAUUUAAUCCACCAUGGUGGCUGGGAGCACAGACAUGUCCAUAACAUCCAUGGACAUCUUAUGAUCAUGUGUACAUACGAAGCCUUGUUUAAAAGAUCGGGAGGUACUUUGCGGCCGUUUAUACUAACAAGAUCAUUCUUUGCCGGAUCCCAACGUUACGCAGCCAUGUGGACCGGCGAUAAUAUGGCCGAAUGGGAUCAUCUACGGGCAAGCUAUCCGAUGUGUCUCAGUGUAGCCAUUUCCGGGAUGUCGUUCUGUGGCGCGGACGUUGCAGGCUUUUUCAAAAAUCCAGACCCUGAACUCUUCAUCAGGUGGAACCAAGCUGGAGCCUGGCUUCCUUUCUUCCGGCAACACUCUCAUAUCGAAACCAAACGACGCGAACCUUGGACAUUUAACGAAGAAACUACUCAAAUCGUCAGAGAAACUUUCAGAAUGAGAUACUCCUAUUUGCCGCUAUGGUACACGAUAUUCCGUGAUUAUGAGGUAAACGGCAACCCAGUUAUACGACCCUUAUGGGCUCAUUAUCCAACCGAAACAGAAACAUAUACGAUCGAUGAUGAAAUACUCAUUGGAGAUUCGAUACUUGUGCAUCCAGUCUUUCAACCAUCCGUCACGGAUGUUAACGUAUACUUCCCUGGAGAGGGUAAAGUAACUUGGUACGACGUUGACACCAUGCAACCGUAUCGUCAACCAGGCAUAGUUAACGUCCCUGUAACCCUUCACAAAAUUCCGGUAUUCCAAAGGGGAGGUUCAAUUGUUCCACGUAAAAUGAGAAUACGUCGUAGCACCGUCGCAAUGAAGAACGAUCCGUACACUUUAGUAGUCAUCACAGAUUCUAACGGCAAAGCUAACGGCACAUUGUACAUCGAUGACGAAACUAGCUUCGAGUAUCGUCAUGGAAAAUAUCUAUAUCUAAGACUUAAUUUCGAAGAAAAUAAAUUAACCUCAACAUUCAUAGAUAAGUUAGCUUCAUAUCAAACGGAAAGCUGGUUGGAAAGGGUAGACAUAGCAAAUCCACCUCAAGGAAUAACAUCCGCUGUGUUGACUUCGCGCAGUUUGGGGAAAGUAACUCUGGAGGCCAAGUACAAUCCAAAUAAUAAUAUAUUAACCGUGCGUAAACCGGGUGUAAAUAUGGGAGAAGAAUGGACUAUCGAAUUGAUCCAUUAGAAUCACAGUUUUAUUCAUCAUAAUCUCAGUAAUCAUACAGUAGUGCCAGUUUUCUAUUAUUCGCGUAAUUCUUUCAGCUAUCUGUGAUCAAAAGGGAGAUUGUAUACUAUUGCAGACGAAAUACAACGUAGAGAUAUGAUGUAAAUGGUA